GUUGCCCUGCUAUCGGAUUGCGGCCGAUUCCGCAUAUUGCCCACAUCUCCCGAUCUGAAUCCUGAGUAUCAUCAGCCGCCCGUCCCCCCUCCAUCUGCGGAGGCUAUCCCCAUCGUCCCGGCUGCUGGAAGUGGGUCUCUGGUGGUCACUCCUGGUGACGUGGCAACAGCACAGCGUCGAGUUCCUCCUACUACUACUAGCGUCACUGCGCCACAAAAUUCCGACCCGUUUUGUCCCCCGGUACCCAGCAGUGUGGCGGAUGCGGCCUCGCCGAUGUCGACGUGUACGAGAGUGAGCCUACAGUGGUGUGGUGACGAUGCGGUGGCUGUUUAUGUGACUGAUAGCCGCAGGGGCAGUCAUAGUCUCUACUUGGGAGGAACUGCGCCAGCCUUCACUACUGAUCCGGCAGAGUACUGGGUAGACCCUCCGUUUAGCUUUGAUAAUGGUAUACAUAUUCUCACAGAAGCUGACGCACUGCGUAUACUGGAUUUGAAUCAGUCGUUGUUGAUUCAGCGGGUGAGCCCAGCUACCGAGGCAGUAUUUGGGUUUGGCGGUACGAAGUCGUCACCACCAGCGACACUGGCGUACGCGUAUGAGCGCUAUGCUAAGAGUGGAGAUGUUCGCUCGGAAUUGUCGGUACGUUCACUGAGGGGCGGUAGCAAUUCUAGUGCGGAACUACAGCGUGCUGUGAUGGGGUGUAUCGAGGCGGCGACGGCAGAGACCCCGGCGAUUACGCGAGAGGCUCAACAGCGUGUUGAGGGGUUGAUGAAGGCGGCUCAGUUUGGGAGGAGGUUCCUGCAGGCUACUCCGACGGCGGGGGGAAUGCCGGCGAUCUCGAAAGCUGUUGUUAUUGCGGCUGCGUACAUACGUGUCACCACGGCACUGGCACAGGCUCCUGUGUAUAUGCCGGCUACGGUGACACAGGUGAAAUUGCUGUCACCAUCGGGAGUGGUAGCGAGAGUUGCAGUUAGACCAGGGCAGCAGCUGCUGGCGUUUAG